AUGAGCCGGAAUAUUGGGCACGGCUACGAGCUGAUCUAUACAGGCUCUUCUGGUGGGGAGAACGGUGUGGCAGUGGUGCUUGCCGAGCAUUUCCACGAUAGCAUCUUGGAAGAUAGACGCAUAUACGACCGACUUAUGGUAGUAAGGUUGCUUGUUGAGGGGGUCGUGACCCACUUAAUAAGUGCCUACGUCCCACAGGUCGGCUGCAGCGACGCGGAUAAGACGCUGUUUUGA